AUGUCAGGACAACUAAAAAGUAUGUUUAAAAAAAUUAUACCAAAACUUAGCAAAAUGAAAUCAACAAUCAACAAAUAUAAUCACAGCGAAGCUGCACAGUUCUCUUUUUUCAAAAACAACCUGACUGAGCAUCUCCAGGCCUCUAUUAACGAGCUCUCUUUCAUGGCCAGAGAGAGAGACCUGCUGAACUCAAGCGUCACUGAGCUAAAGAAAGAACUCACUUCGAGCAGACAGAGAGAGAAAGCCUGUCCAGCAGGAUGGAGGACGUUCAGUGGUUCCUGUUAUUUCCUCUCCAAUGAGUCUGGUUCAUGGACGAGAGCCAGACAGGACUGCAGAGGCAAAGGAGCAGAUCUAGUCAUCAUUGAUGUCAACAGUGAGCAGACAUUCCUGUCUAAGUUAACAAAGUCAGAAACCUGGAGCUGGAUUGGUUUGACUGAUGGGUGCAUUGAGGGAACCUGGAAAUGGAUCGAUGGAUCUUCACUCACUCUAAGGUACUGGGACGAUAAGCAGCCUGAUAACGGUGGCGGUGACCCAAAGUGGGGUGAAGAAGACUGCGCACAUAUCAGAAGCGGCAAAAAUACAGAAGAAAACUGGAACGAUCGCUCAUGUGAGGCUGAUCUGAGGUGGAUCUGUGAGAAAAUGGCUUAG